ACGUGCAUGAUGAUAGUGGCUGAACAGGGCAACAUAGAUUCAGUUUGCAGCACAAUAUCAUGAUGACUAACUUCGGGCGGCUACUCCACGUUCCAGCUGACUUCAGAAAGAAAGCUUCCCAGAGCCCCAAGUCGGCGGCAAGCGUCAACUCAAAUUUUACCUCAUCUACGAAGGGAACGAUACGACCAAAUCCGAAUCUGAACGCUGAACUAGCAGCCCGACAACUGAAUGCAGCAUUUCAGGGAAUAAAAAGUGAUGCAGUAACAAUCAUAAACAUUUUGACAACACACAGCAACCAUCAACGACAGAAGAUAAAACGGCAUUACAAAAUUCUCUAUGUGAAAGAAUUGGAGAGCGAUAUUAUCAGUGAUCUUGGCGGCCACUUCAGGGAUGUUGCCCUGGCAUUACUGCAAACCCCCCAGGAAUUCGUGGCUGACAACAUUCACAUGACUCUUCAGAAAAUUCGGCCAGAAGAGUCAAUUAUGGUGGAGUUGCUCUGUGGACGAAGUAAUUCCAGAAUAAUGCUAAUUAAGGAAUCGUACUAUAAAAAAUACGGGCGAGACUUGGAUAUUGCAGUAAAACGACAGAUGAACAGCGAUCUAAGUCGACUCAUGAGAAUACUUCUAACUACAGAACGGGAGGAGGCAGAAGUGAAUGUAGCUCAGGCACACAAAGAAGCACAGAUGCUGGCACACGCUGGAGUGGGAAUGAGAUAUGGAACAGAUGAUGCUGUGAUUGCUGAACUGUUGCUUAGGCGCAGUUACCCACACCUAAGGGAGAUGUUUGCUGAAUUCCACACAAUUAAGCGGCAUCCCAUCGAGGACAGCAUCCGUCUUGAUUUCCGGGGAGGACUGCGUGAUGGCUUACUGGCUCUUGUGAAGGCUGUGAAUAACCCUGUCGAGUUCUUCACAGACCAAAUACGAGCUGCAUUCAGAGACCCUGAGCCUAAUGAUUAUCAGCUGAUACGGCUUUUUGUAGCUAGAUCAGAGCUGGACCUUGCAGAUAUAAAAGACCAUUAUGUCGAGAUGCACGACUCGAAGUUGGGGUCCACCGUAACAGAAGAAACACGGGGAGAUUAUAGGAGGAUACUUCUUAGGUUGCUUGGUUACUGAAUCUGAUAAAUUUACCUGCCAGAGUGGAAGAAAGGUUUCAUUGCAAAUGAUGCCAUUAUUAACAUCAAGAUUCUGCUAUCAACUUCUUUGGGUUUCUUGAAUCCUGAAAUUCUUAUGGCGUCAGUUCUGUUUAGCUGAAUGAAAAACCUCUCCUAUGUUUCAAAAUGAAAGACUGCAUUUUCUUUCCCUGAUAAGUUCAAAACGUGUAUGCAUUUAGUGACAUUUCCUGAAACAAAUAUUACAUAUAAUGCAUAUGAUAUUAAACCAUUAUCUUGAAAGCUGGAAAACUGCCAACUGAAUUACACCUUUUGCUGUAGAGUAAAGGUUUUACAAACACACCUGGAAAAAGUAAACUAAGCCAACAGCUUUAAAAUAAAAACAGCAACUGUAAUAAACAGUAUUGAAUCUGAAAAACAGUACUGGCAAAG